CAGGAGCAGCUCUUAGUGCCAAUUUCUGGGAGCAUGGGUCCGGUUCGAUCACUUUCCGUCUGUCUGCUCGUUCUCCUGGUGACCUUGGGGGUCCAGAGCUCCCGUCUCCCGGCGGAGGUCGGCUCCCUCCCGUACACCAUCUCCGUUCGCCGGAACGGCCAGCACAUCUGCGUCGGCGCCCUCUACAACGCCAAGUGGGCCUUCACUGCCGCCCACUGCGUCAGCCUAAGCGGUGGACUACAAAGCUAUCCCCCUCGAUCGUACACCGUCCGCUGCGGCAGCAUCCAGCGCCUGGCGGGUGGCCAGCUGGUGCCUCUUUCUCAGAUCAUAAUCCACAAGGACUACUCCAGCUCGGGCUCCUCGGGAGCCAACGACCUGGCCCUUCUGCAGCUGCAGACCCCCGUUACCCUGAACGCGAACACACAGCCCAUUGCCCUGGCCCAGGAACGGGCUCCGGCUGGCUCUCAGGUGACCUUCUCAGGGUGGGGCUCCUCCGUCAUCGAUGGCUCCCCCAGCCACGCACUCCAGGUGGCCACCCGGGUGAGCUUGAGCCAGGAGGAGUGCUACAAGGAGCUCUACUUGGAGCAGGAGGAUCUGCUCUGCCUCUCGCCCAGCUCGGACGACACUGACUUCUCCGGCUUGUGCUCCGGUGAUGCCGGAGCUCCGGCUGUCUACAACAACCAGUUGGUGGGCAUUGCAUCCUUCUUUGCCGGAGGCUGUGGUUCCGGCCAGCCCGAUGGUUAUGUAGACAUAACCCAGCACCUGGAGUGGAUUUCUGAAAAUACUGCUUAAAAAAUAUUUCAAAUACUCGCCCUGAAAAUGGAUGAACUAGGAAACAUUAAUAUUUAUAAAAGGAUUGUUCAAAACCAAACAAAAUAAAAUGACGAAAGAUACAUUUCUUGAAAA